GGACGAAGGUUUAUGGUUUUAUUACUCUGACUAAAGUUCUGAGCAUAAAACAAACAGACUGACACAGAUCUCACACACACUGGUCUUUGUAUUGUCUCUCGUCAUUGUAUCGUACAAACGUACAGACGUCGGUGGAAGGAAUUUUGGAAUUCCUUGGAUUCGUGGGAUUUGUAAAUCAUGUCUACUGCGACCGAGAUAGUGGGGUUUUUGAUGUGUAUUGGGGGUUGGCUGCUUACGGCCAUGGCGUUGGCGAAUGAUUUUUGGCGCGUGUCGUCGUUCGCGGGCAGCGUGAUCACAUCUGUACGGCAGUAUCAGAAUCUGUGGCAGUCGUGUGCUGAAGACAGCACCGGGAUCUCCAACUGCAGGAGCUUUCAGUCUUUACUCGCUCUGGAUGGAUACAUUCAGGCGUGUCGGGCUCUGAUGAUAAUCGCUUUAGUUCUGGGUUUGCUCUCCAUCGUUCUUUCUUUAUUGGGACUGAAGUGCACUAAACUGGGCAGUACGUCCGAGUACACUAAAGGCAAAUUGGCUCUCUGUGCAGGAGUGAUGUUCAUCCUAUCGGGUGUGUGUGUUCUGGUGGCUGUAUCGUGGUACGCUGCCCGAGUCGUUCAGGAAUUUAAUAAUCCUUUUUAUGGAGGAACAAGGUUUGAAUUGGGCAGUGGUUUAUAUAUGGGCUGGGCUGCAGCAGCACUGGUCAUACUGGGUGGUGGAUUACUCUGUACGUCCUGUAAGACAAAUCCAGCACCAGCACAAACACGGGGUUACAGUUAUAACUACACUUCACAGCCACAGAAGAUCUACAGAACAGAUGCUCCAUCAGAUCACAGCAGUUCAAAAGCUUAUGUCUAACUCUGUCCUUUAUUGUUUUUCAUACUUUUUUGUUAUUAAGGGCCAAGCACUAAAGGCCUGCGUAUGUUAGGUUUAUUAUUUUGUGUUAUCAAAGGGGUUUUUAUAUAGGGACUCGAUGUGUUUCACAAUUUACAGGUGCUGAGGAUUUGAGGGCGAUUUUUGCAACGCUUACAAUGUUUAUCCAACAUGUAUUAAAAUUUACGUCAUUUUGAAUCGACCUCACAGAAAUAACAAUUUAGAUAUUUGGUGACCCCAAGAUAAGCGUAAAGGGUGUAUAUCAGCACUAUAUCACUGACACAAUUAACAAGAAUACUAGUUGACAGCGACACCUACUGGUCAAAAGUUAAUAUUUUAAAGUUAACAGUAAAGUUUUAAACUUCAAUUUUGUGUUUCUGUGAGUUUCUGUACUCAGCAUUUGUGCCAUUGGUUUGCUUGGUCUUGUAAACUGUAUUUUUAUUAUUUGCAUCUUAAUGCUUUUUACACCAGAGCAUGUAAAGUUUGUAUGAAUUGUAUUAAUAUGUUAUAUGAAUGUUACAUUGACACUCUUGCUUUUUGAAAAGCUCUUUCAUUUGUGGAAAUAAACUGAAGUCACUAACACGU